AUCUGAUAUCUAAUGAAUUGCGUUUGUUGUGUUGCAGCUUCAACGUCCGCCGGGACGACGAUGACGGACGUCCGGAACGUGAUUUCGCCGCGGAUGGACUUCGAAGAGUGGACGCCGUUGGGCCGCGGCGAUCCGCUUAAAAACGACCCGACGUUCGACUACCUGCCGCCGGUGCUGGACCGAGUGCACUAUUGGAAACCGCCGCCGCCGGCCACUAACCGCGCGCACUUCUACUCGUCCGCGUCCACUGCGACGCCGACCACGCCGCCGUCGCAGGCUGUUCACGGCGGUUACAACCGACGGUUUUUCCUGACAGAUUUCUCGAAAAGGGAACCGGUAGUCGCGACUUACGCGGCAAUCAAGAGGCCGCCGCCCAACAACAGUCUGCUUCAGCCUCACCAUUAUCACCAGCACAACCAUCACCACCCGCAGCAGCAGCAGCAGCAACAACAACAACAACAACAAAUCCAACACCACUUGCAAACGCUACAAGCGACACCCGCGGCCGGUUACCACUACUCGAUGCAUCCGGCCGCGCCCGUGACCAGGACUCCGCUGCCGAUGCUCACUCCGCCGCCUUACCAACAGUGGCCGGCCACGGCGAGCGAUGUUCAGCGACAGUCGUCGUCGUCGCCGGACGUCCCAGGCAACGCGGUGGCCGAGAGCAAACAACCGCCGCCGACUAUGGUUCGGGCGCCCGCGUUACCCGUCUCGCCGUCGUCACAUCAUUUAGCUGUCGUCAAGGCUCUGUUGGACAACGAAAUCGACCGGACCACUGUCACGACCACCGGUACCGCGAUCACCGCGGCCGCUUGGAUGAUGACGUCGACGACGACGGCGGCAUCGCCCAUCACUAUGACGCCGACGCCGCCGUCACCGCCCACUACUUCGACGACCGCGGCCGCUCGGACCACACCACCGGUGGUCGCGUCCGAUCCGCUGUUCUCGCAUUACAGACAAUCGUCGGUCACCGGCCGGCCAAUGUACCUUAUCAUACAGGGUCACUCAAAGGUCAAGACUUACGGACCGACCAGCAAGGUGGACGAUCUGAACGCGGCCCCGGCGGUACAGGAUCACAACCACAUUGGAAGUCAACCACUCGACGAACUGAGCCGGAGGAAACGCGACCACCACCACGGUCCACGUCAAUGAAACUGUAAAUCUUCGGCAAACUUUCCCCGUUUUUUUUUUUUUUUUUUUUUUGAUUGACUCCGAGAAAAGGCUUUGUUCAAUCCGCGACGGUCGUAUGUUCAUAAUAUAACACAAUGCGGCGUUUUAUCAAAAUAUCUUCGGGUUUGCCGACUGUGCAUUCCCCGGUUGUAUUCUUUAUAUCCGAAUAAUUCCAAUGUUCACGUUUUCUUUGAGACAGUCGAAGAGUAUGCAGUCCUUUUGAGAUACGCUCUAGUCCCUCUUUAUCAGUAAUGUAUCAACUUAUCUACAAUAAUGUUUUGACGUAACAUAAAUUAAAUUCAAACAAUUAGUGGUUUCCUAUAGUUAUUAUACUUUAUUGUAUAUUGCUUAUAAUACUAAAGGUACUGAAAGCUAUAAAAAAAAAAAAAACAAAAAAAUGAAAUAUAACCUAUAAUAGUGUAAUAUUUAGUUAAGUACCUACUUAUUAUACAUGUCUCUGGGACAAUUUUCAUAAAUAAAUUAUAAAAUGUAUUUAUCAAUCAAUGUUAUGUUCCAUGUCUAUAAGUAUAAACUUUACUAUACAUUUAUAACGUAUUAAAAAUGCAUUAGCCUGCAGCAUACAUUAUUUUGAGCACAUAAAAAAAAUCCUAUCAAAAAUCGCUUCUUCUAAUUUCAUUUUCGAUACGCUUAAAUAUUCAGAAAAAUCAUUUGCUUAACCAUUAUUCAACCGUAAAAAAUAGAAAUCUUCUCUUAAAAAACAAAGUUUGUUAUUCCAUAAAUCAAAACUUCAAUACGCAUUAAUCGAUUAAAAGAUAAAACGGUGUAUGGACAUGAUUGAUGAAUCGUUUUGUAAAAUAUGAAUAUAAUGCAUAAUAUAUAAUAUUCAGAUAUAUUAUUUUUAAAAUGAUCCACUUCAAAUCUGUAGACAAUUAUUUCAAUAUUGUUUCAAUGUAAUAGAAAAACGACAUUCUGAUGUCAUUGUUUGAAAAUUGUAUAGGCACCUAUACCUACUAAAUAUUAAGACAUUUGGUUUCAAUACUGCGGUCUAUUUAAUACGUAUGUAGAUCAGACCUUACAAAAAUCGUAAAACAAAUUGUAUCCCGACUGAAUCAGACUAUAAUACAGCGGUUCAUUAGUUCUCAAUUGAAACGAAAAUUCGUGGUUAAAGGAUUAAAAAAAAAAAAAAUGGUUAUCAACUAACCAAGUAUUUAAUUUUUUACUGCUUUAUCGUAAUCUAUAACUCGAUACUAACAUCAAAAUUAAAAACGAGGUCACCAAUUUUAAAUUACUUAAUGGACGUCAUAAUAUUACGAUGAAGUAGCAGUUAGAGGUAAUAUUCAGAAUAUUUAUAAUCGUGCGCUAGUUUUGAAAUCUUGAUACCUAUCUAAUCAAUACGGUAAUUUCGGAUGCAUUAUUUAAUAUAUAUUAUAAUUUUAAAUCUUAUAUUAAACUUCAUAAUUUUUAAAAAUCAGUUUGAACAGCUUUCUAUGACAACGAAAAGAAACCGAUUUUGGGGAAACAUAUAUUUUAAUUUAUGUUUAGGUAU